AAACAGAAUGCUUACCAUGAAGCGCUCUCUGACCUGCAGUCACCUCUGAACCCAUGUGUUAUCCUCUCAGAACUCUAUGUUGAGAAGUGUAAAUACAUGGAUUCCAAAAUGAAGCCUUUGUGGCUUGUGUACAACAACAAGGUGUUUGGUGAGGAUUCAGUUGGAGUGAUUUUUUAAAAUGGUGAUGAUUUACGGCAGGAUACGUUGACACUCCAAAUGCUGCGCUUGAUGGAUUUACUCUGGAAAGAAGCUGGUCUGGACCUUCGGAUGCUACCUUACGGCUGCUUAGCAACAGGAGACUGCUCUGGCCUCAUUGAAGUUGUGAGCACCUCUGAAACAAUUGCUGACAUUCAGCUGAACAGUAGCAAUGUUGCUGCAGCAGCAGCAUUCAACAAAGAUGCCCUUCUGAACUGGCUUAAAGAAUACAAUUCUGGGGAUGACCUGGACCGAGCUAUUGAGGAGUUUACCCUAUCCUGUGCCGGCUACUGUGUAGCUUCUUAUGUCCUUGGGAUUGGUGACAGACAUAGUGAUAACAUCAUGAUAAAAAAAACUGGCCAGCUCUUCCACAUUGACUUUGGACAUAUUCUUGGAAAUUUCAAGUCUAAAUUUGGCAUUAAAAGGGAGCGAGUGCCUUUUAUUCUUACUUAUGAUUUCAUUCAUGUGAUUCAACAAGGAAAAAGAGGAAACACAGAAAAAUUUGGCCGGUUCCGCCAAUGUUGUGAAGAUGCAUAUCUGAUUUUACGCUGGCAUGGGAAUCUCUUCAUCACGCUCUUUGCACUGAUGUUGACUGCAGGGCUUCCUGAGCUCACCUCAGUCAAGGAUAUACAGUAUCUUAAGGACUCUCUUGCCUUAGGAAAGAGUGAAGAAGAAGCACUCAAGCAAUUCAAGCAAAAAUUUGAUGAGGCACUCAGGGAAAGUUGGACCACUAAAGUCAAUUGGAUGGCCCAAACAGUUCGGAAAGACUACAGAUCUUAACGAUCAGCCUUUGCUCCUAAUGUGUUUGUUGGUUUCGUUUAGUUUUCAUUUUGCACUUGCACUAAAUUGAACAUGACCCUGCCAGAGAUGUUAUAAAGGGAAUGAAAUCCUGGAACAGAGAGUUAAAUUAAGAAUGGGGCUUCACACAGAAAACUAAUCUGAAUAAUCCCUGACAACACCCCCUGCUUUUUGAAUGCUUCCAAGAUUCAACAUGAAAACUCAACAUUAUGGAUAAUCAUUUCCUGCUGACUUUGCACGCCAAGGAAUGCUACUAGAGAUUGUUUUUUGUUUUUGUCUUUUUUUUUUUUUUAAAGUAUUUGGUACUUUUCUGGAAAGAUGUAAAUACUUCUUUUCAUAUUGUGACCAAGUGUUAUCACUCAGCCAACUUAUCCAUACCUGGGGACUAGUAGCUGUUCUUACUUUCCAAAUGAGGCUUAAAAGAAAGCUUUCUUUCCUCCCUUUUCAAAUUGUGUAAACUACAAAUUAUAAUAUAAUUUGAAAUUAUGAUUAUUUUUCAAGAGAAAUCUUUUAAACCUGUGGAAACAUUAAUUCUUUUGUUGAUAUUUAUCUACCGUGAUAGCAUCAUCUCAGCCAGAAUUGCUGAAAAUCUGCUUGGUGAGGCAAAUAUAAUUUAUGCUGCAUAUAUAUUUAUAAAAUUUCUAAUGGGGGUUCUAUAUAUUUUGAUUUUCUUCAGCCUUCAUUUUAAAGUUUUACAAAAGCAGAGAUUUUUCCUAAGUUACUUUUUAGUUAAAAUGUGAUCCAGUUCUUCCAGCUGCUUCUAUAAUGAGGCAUAUAUUAAUACAGUUUUUACAUGGUAUCUAUGAAAGAGUUCACUUCAUAGAGCAUAAUACUUGAGCAAAUGUAUCCAAGACAGAAAGCAGAUGAACAGGAAACUACUUAUGGAAUAAACUCCAGACCUAAAAUUCAGUGUUUUAGUAAAAUGCCAGCUGUUCUUACUGUAUUUAUUAAAACUUGUAAUAAUGUGAUUUUUCAAGAAUAUUUGUUCAAAUUGAAAUGUUUCAUGCCACAUGGAACUCUUUAAUUUAUUUGUUGAGGUACCAUAUAUUUAGGGUGCUAGAUUGCAGAUAAUGUUAAUAUGUGCAAUAGGAACUACUGAUUUGAAUGUGUAAAUGGAGGCUCUUUCUGAGUACUGGCAACAUCCAGCAAAACUACUGCUUAUUCUCCAAAGACUAUCGGGAGCUGUCAGUCCUCAAUGACAUGGAAAGGAGAACUGAAUGUUUGCCCUGAGACUGAGUUUUCUACAGGAAUUUUAUUAAAAAUUGUUGAAUUUUGUUGUCUUCCUUAAUGUUCUCAGUCAAAUAAAUGGGUGAGCUGGUUUUGGUUGCUUAAAAAAAAAAAAAAAAACUAAACUGGAAAAAAAAAAACUAAACUUUUUUUUUACAUAAAGAGAAAUUUAAUUGUGUUAAAUUAUACACAGCUUCCCUGGUGGCUCAGCAGUAAAGAACCCCCUACAAUGCAGGAGAUACGGUUUGAUCCCUGGGACGAGAAGGUCCCCUAGAGAAGGAAAUGGCAACCCCUUCCAGUUUUCUGGCCUGGGAAAUCCCAUGGAGAGAGGAACCUGGUGGGCUACAGUCCAUGGGGUCACACAGAGUUGGACACUACUUGGUGACUAAACCACCACCCCCACCAAAUUAUACACAACAUAAAACAUGAUGUUAACCAUUUUUAAGUUUAGUGGUAUU